AUGUUAGUCUCUUCAUAUCUAUCUAUCAAUCCCAGUCUGUUCAUUAUCUAUCUAUCUAUCUAUCUAUCUAUCUAUCUAUCUAUCUAUCUAUCUAUCUAUCCCAAUUUUUUUUCAAUCUUUUUGUCUGUUUACUUCUCUUAUUUUUUAUUUUGUCUCUCUCUUUCUUUCUCUCUUUUUUAUUAUUUUUUUUCUUUUCUCUAUUUCUACCUGUUUUCUUUUUACCAUUUUCUAUUUUCUGUUUUCAUUUACUUUUCUUAUUCUUUGUUUCUUUCUUUGUUUACCAUUUAUUUAUUUUUCUUUCCCGUCUUCUUCCUCGAUGCUUAUAUUUCGUUAUUCGUUCUUUCAUCCAUUUUUCUUUCUUUUCUUUUUUUCUUUUUCUUUUACUUUCAAGUGUUUUAUCUUUCUUUUUUUCUCUUUCUUUUUUUUUUCCUUCUCUCCUGGUUUUCUUUCUUUUUUUUGUACUUCUUUCGUUUCAUUGCAAUUUAUAUAUCUUCUUGCCCAACUUUUCUUUCUGGUAAUUGUCUUUCCUGCUUUUCAUUCGCUUAUCGCUUCGUUCCUUCAUUUCUUUUCUUUUGUCCUUUGCUUGUAGUGCAACGUCGUUUUCUCCGAGCCCUCCCUCUCUCUAUUGUUCUUUCCUUCUCUUUUUCGCUCAGCGUGUUGCUGUUACCCACCAUCUCGAUGCGGAACGAUAAAGUUUUUUUUAUUUUUAUUUUUAUUUUUUUUAUCGAUACCUUUCUUUCUUUCUUUCUUUCUUUCUUUCUUUCUUUCUUUCUUUGUCUUCCCUCCUUCUUUCUUUCUUUCUUUAAUUUAUCUCUCCGUCUCUAUCUCUCUUUCUUUUUUUUUUUGUUAGAAGAUUUGUAUUUUAUCAGUCUUCUCUCUCCCUGUCUCUCUCUCUUCCACUCUCUCUUUCUUUGUCUUUCUCAAUGUAUUGCACUCUUUCUCUUAAUUUUCCCUUCCCUCUAUAUAUUUAUAACUUUCCAUUUCUCUCCCUAUAAUUAG